AUGGCAAACCUGCAAGGCCUCAACGUCGUCCACGCAGCACAGGAGCCUCCACACGCCGAUCUCCAAGACACCCUCACCUCCCCCUUCCCCGACUUCUCUGCCCACCUGGACCUGUGGACCAACCUCACCUUCGACAGCACAGACGACCCUCACCACAGACACAGGAACAAGCCUUCUUCAUCAGAGGAGGACCGCGACGACGACAAUCAGUCACCCCCUCCCCUCGACAUCUCCUUCCAAGAUAACCACGACCACCCACCCACCCCUCGUUCUGCCGCUGCCGUACCCCCCUUCGACAUCAAUUCAUUGCUGGCAAGCUUUGGCGCCAAUCCAUUCGUCUUGCCCCCUGCUCCGGCUCCUGUGCCACAACAAAACAACGCAGCCCCUUCCCAGUUCUCCGUCAUCCCUUCAUUGGCACAGCUUAUCGCUCUGCAGACUGCCCAUGGUGUGAACUACCCCGUUCCACCCCCUCCUGCUGCCGUUCCUGCGCAACCAGCUGCCGUCCAAGUGCCAGUUCAACCACCUCCGGCUCCCGUCCCGAUCUCCGUACCCGUCCCUCAGCCACCAGCCAAGCGCCCCCGCACUGCCAAAAGUCAGUCCCUGGGUAGUGACCACUCCGACGUCUCCGCCGCCCAGUCACCUCAGGACCCUGCCUCACCAGCUACUUCUACCACUCAAACUGAAACCACUUCUCAGGUGUUCGCAGCAGCGGAGGAUAAACGCCGCCGCAAUACCGCAGCCAGUGCUCGUUUCCGUCUAAAGAAAAAGGAACGGGAGGCUGCGCUGGAGCGUCGUGCAAAGGAACUCGAGGAUCGCGUCCUCGAGCUCGAACGCGAGUGCGAGGGACUUCGCCGUGAGAACGGCUGGUUAAAGGGUUUAGUCGUCGGUGUCACCGGCGCUGGUGCUACUCAACAACCGCAGCAGCAACAGAAGUAG